UUAAGUAGUGUCCAGUGGAAUUUUACCAUCAACUGUUGCAUGCAAACAGUGAAUUUUAACUUUUUUUUUAAACAUAGGGAAGAAAAGUUCCUCUGCAUGGAAAAUGACAUUUUUAAAUAUCAAACCCAUUGCUCGGGCAUACUGUCUGAUAACAUUAGGGACUGAAAUGCUAAAUUAUGUCUUCAGUUUCUAUUACAUGAAGCUUUUUUUACAUCUCUACCAAAUUUCAGACGUGGCCUUCUAUCAAGCCCAGAUAAUUUUAAUAUUCUGGAAUGUUCUUAAUGACCUGACUGGGUAUUUUCACAGCAACUUUAAGACCGAACGCUAUUUAUGCAGUCAUCUUUCUGUCUUGUAUGGAACUCUUUUAUAUGUACUGGCCUUCCUGCUUCCUUGGUUCCCUUGGAAAGUGUAUGAAGAAGGUGACUGGCUUAGUGCACUUCACCUGGUGGUCUCCUUAUGUGCUUUUGACAGCACACUUACCUGUCUGCAGCAAGCCCAGUGCACAUUCUUUGCAGAGACCGUCACUAGGCAAGAAAGUCGUCUUCAGCUGAUUAAAGUGAACCACGUGGCCUCGCUAGUAGGAUCUACCAGUAUCCUCUUCUGUGGCCUCAUCUCUAAUAACCUGGAAAUUCUGCCCAACUUUCAGUCUGUUGCUAUUGUCAUGGCCUUUCUCGCAGCUGUCAGCCUUUACAGUGGCAUGUACUACAUGAGAUAUUUUGAACCUAAAAGAAGCACCGAGGAAAACUUUUUCUUGGAAAGUGAACAGGAUUUCACCUGGACCUCUGUUGCCUUAUUUUUGAGACAAAUCUUGUCCCAGAAGAACUUCUACCUUUUUCUGAUAAUGAGUUUCUUACAAGUCUUCCAUUUAACUUUCUUAAAUAACUUCAUGAUGAUCUUUGCAGAGACUCUCAUUCCCGGGAAUGUUCUUUCUUCUUCCACAAGGAGUAUCAUGUAUGGGGCAGGCUUCAUUUGCCCACAGUGCCUUGUCCUUAUGUGUCAGUCCUGGCUGAAGAAAUUUGGUUAUUAUAAGAUUAUCUUAACUUCUUUCUACCUAGAAGGAGCUGUUUCCAUUGUCAUGUUACUUCUGGGACAGUAUUACUAUUACUGUUUGGCCUUUUAUCUCAUUAUUAUCAAGGUGAUUGUGCAGGCUUCUUUUUGUUUAUUUAUCCUGCCACUAACUGACCUGGUUGAUGCAGAUUUACUGAAGUUCAAUAGGCAAUCAUCCCUUUGCUCAGUGAUUUUUGGCAUCCAUGCUCUGUUUACCAAGCCUGCUCAGUCUUUAGCUCCCAUGGCGAUCCUGUGGAAGCUAAGGGAGUAUGGGUACAGGAACUCAAUCAGCAGUGCUGGAGAUGGAACCCAGGACCUUACACAUACUAGGCACUCUGUCAUCCUGGGUUGUAGCUGUGGCACCUUUCAGCAGGCACUGUGCAUCAGCCUCCUCUCCUAUGAGCAACUAGAAGUGUACCUGUAGAUCUUCGGGAUGAUGUGUUUAAUUUGAUUUGCCUGGUUCCGCUGGGCAUUGCAGUAAUUCAGAUUCUGCUUUGGAGUCCAUUUUCAAUCAGGACCAAGGCAGACUACCCAGGGACUCUUUAAGGGCGGCACCAACUGUUAUAGGAUUCAAACGUCUUCAGGAGUUUGUUGGUUCUUAUGGUGUUUACGCGUACCCAAAGGCACAGCUGAUUGUUUAACCUCUCAUUUGUUUAGAAAACAAAAUUUGGAAGUCCAACAAGUCUUAGGGCUUUUUGACUCUCUAAUUUAAAUAUAAAGGAAGGCCUUUCUUUUGGUUAUUUGCAAAUGAUCUUGUUGCCUGGUCACACCUGUAACUCUUCACCAGUGAAUUGCUAUGUAAGUUCCCAGAGUCCAUCUGGUUGUGUAUGCUACUACUCUCUUUGAUGAUUUUAAACUUCAUAUUGCUUCUCUGACCAAUUUUAUAUUAAUGAGGCAGACUUUUUUAUUCUUUUCAUUAAAACUACACCACCAUUAUCUGUAGAUUCUCUUAUGAUUAAGAAUAAGAAGAAACACUCCCUGAUUUCAAAAUAUAUUAUAAAACUAUUGGAUCAAAACAGCAUGGUACUGGCAUAACAACAGACACAUUUUUCUGAUGGAACAAAAUAGAUAUCCCAGAAAUAAACCCAUAUGUUUAUAGUCAACUGAUUUUCAACAAAGAGGCCAAGAGCACAUAAUGGGGAGAAGAAAGUCUCCUCAAUAAAUGGUGUUGAAAAAACUGGAUAUCCAUAUGCAUAAGAAUGAUAUUGAACACUUACACCAUACACAAAAUCAACUGAAAUGGAUUAAAGACUUAAAUACCUAAAACUAUUGAAGAAAACACAGGGGAAAAUCUUCAAAUUAGGAUUACAUCAAACUAAAAAGUUUCUGUAUAUCAAAGGAAACAAAAAUGGAGUGGAGAAACAACCCACAGAUUGGGAGAAAAUAUUUUCAAAGCAUGCAUCUGAUAAAAAACUGAACUCCAUGGCAGGAAAAAAACCCUGAUUUAAAAAUGGGCACAGGUCCUGAACAAACAUUUCUCAAAAGAAGAUAUACCGGUAGACACUGUUGUGUCUAUACACGUCUAUACAUGAAUAUAUGCUCAACAUCUUUAAUCAUAAGAGAAAUGCAAAUUAAAGCCACAUUCUGCUUAGAAUGGCUAUUAUCAAAAAGACAAAAGAUAGCAAGCAUUUGUGAAGAUGUGAAGAAAAAGGAAUCUGGUAUAUUGUUGGUGUGAAUGGAAAUUGUUAUAGUUGUUUUGGAAAAACUGGAGAUUCCUGAAAAACAUAAAAAUAGAAUUAUUAUAUAAUCUAGUCAUCUCACUUCUAGAUACAUGUGCAAUAAUUGAGAUCAGCAUAUCAAAGAGAUAUCUGUGCUUCCAUGUUCGUUUUAGCAUUAUUCACAAUAACCAGGCUAUGAAAGUGACCUUAAUGUCCAACAGACUAGUGGGUAAAGAAAGUGUGGUAGGAACACACAGUGGAAACUAUUCAGCCUUAAAGGAAAAGGAAAUUCUGUCAUUUUCAAUAACAUGGAUGAAUCUGGAGGACAUUAUGUAUGCCAAGUGAAAUAAGGCAGGCAUAGAAAGACAAAUACCACAUCUUCUCACAGAGGUGGAAUCUAAGAGUUCAUCUCAGAGAAAAGAGAGUAAAAAUGUUGGUUACCAGAGGCUGAGAGAUGGGAGAGAUGGGGAAGAGGCAAAUGUUAGCUGAAGUUUCAGUUAGCUGAGUAAGAGUUGUAGUGAUCUAUUGCACGGCAUGGUGACCAUAGUCAAUCAAUUUGCAUUUCAACAUUGCUAAAAGAAUAGGUUUUAAAUGUUCUUAUCACCAAAAUCUGUCAUAAAAAACUGUGUGAUGGCAAUGUUAGUUUGAUUUAAUCUUUGGUAGAUUAUGUGUGCAUACACUAAAACAUCACUUUGUACCCUAUAAAAUUAGAGUUGAUUCAUACACGUGGGAAAGGCCAGGACUGAGAUGGCUUCUCUGUCUCUGACAUCUUUACUUCAUGGUUGUUUCUUGUUUGCCUGUGUGUGCACACGUACACGCACCUAACUGAUGGAGUACCAGACCCCUCAAUUUAGCCUCCUGGCUUCUUUCGAUGGACUCAGAUUCUUGGUGCCUGCUCAGAUUUAAUUUGAACAUUUAAUUAGAACAAUAAUAAACUCAGUGAGUCAUGUAUACAUUUGUGUGCUAGAGUAACUUAAGAAGCAAUUCCUUGAAAAAAAGUAUAUACAUUUAUACACACAUAACUUUAUUGUAAAUGUUGAUAAAAGGCAGUAUCAAACAUGAUUUAAAAGAAUAAAAUCUAUCAGAGGUUAAGGUGUAGCUAAGUAGUAGAGCACAUGGUUAGCAUGCAUGAGGCCCUGGGUUCAGCCCCAGCACCCAAAUCAAUCAAUCAAUCAAUCAACCAACCAAUCAUACUCUUUAUUGUAAAUUCCAUACACCUAUAAUUUCACUUUUUUUUUGGUGUGCUGGGAAUUGGACCUGGGGUUCUUUAUCACUGAGCUCCUUUUUAUAUUUUAUUUUGGGACAGGGUCUCACUAAGUUGCUGAGGGUCUCAAGUUGCCGAGUUUGGUUUUGAACUUGGGAUCCUCCUGCCUCAGCCUCCCAAGUUGGUAGGAUUAUAGGUAUGAGUCCAGCUUCACUGUAAGUUUUUACGAUUUACAAUAGAGUCACCAAGUCAAGAUGAUGAGUAAUUGCUUGGUUAUAUUCAGUUCAUCAAAGAAGUUAAGUCAUUGACCAAAGAAAAUAGUUCCAACCUAAACAUUGUGUUUUUGUCUGUUGAUGAGUAAGACAACAGUGAAACAGUAGAGACCCAUUUCAGUAUUUCAUUCAUCACCAAUGAUACGAAUGUAGUCUUUGCUGAAUUGAAUGACUGGUUUUAAAUACUGGGAAGAAUAUUUCCUUAAUUUUUUGUGCUUUUCAGUGUAAUGGCUAUAGA